CUGAAUAAUCUCGAGUGAUUGUAAGUGUGAUGAUCAUCUGCUAAAUGAGCAACAACGACCACAAUUCACUCCUUCAGUCAGUGAAGCUCCCACAGCCGUUCAUGAGAGUUUAAAUGCUGGGGAAUAUUCACAUCUUCCCACAGGAGAAGAAGAAGCAAGCAGGAGGAAUUACUCCAGGAGAAACUACGGACAUACUAUUGUAAAGAUGGAGAUUAAGGAAGAACCCUGCAGAAUAAAAGAUGAAGAUACAGAGGAACAAAUAGACCCGAUGGAAGUGAAUGAAGACAAACAGCAACAAUUUCAAAAACCUCAUUAUUUCACAAAUGAAGAUGGAAAUGCAGUGAUUUCACAGACUGAAGAGAAUUUCACACAGAAACAAGCUGGAAAAUCUGGAGUCAAAGGAUCUUUCACCUGCUCUGAGUGUGGAAUGUUUUACUUGCACAAAUCACUCUUUAAGAGACACAUGAGAAUUCACACUGGAGAAAAACCGUUCUUCUGUUUUGAGUGUGGAAAGAGUUUCAUAGAUAAAUCAGGCCUUAACCGACACAUGAGAUCUCACACUGGAGAAAAGCUGUUGUCAUGCACUCAGUGUGGAAAGAGAUUCAAUCGCACAGGACACCUAAGAUAUCACAUGAAAAUUCACACUGGAGAAAGGCCGUAUACAUGCUCUCAGUGUGGAAAGAGUUUUGUUUACAAAAACAUUCUCAAAGAUCAUUUGCUCUCUCACUCUGGAUUGAGAUCAUUCAGCUGUGAUCAGUGUGAUAAAACAUUUGUUUAUUUGUCUAACUUAAAAGAACACCUUAAAGUUCACACUGGUGUGAAGCCUCACGUUUGUUCUUUUUGUGGAAAGAGUUUUUCGCGACUGGCGACUUUAAAAGUGCAUGAGAGUAUUCAUACUGGUGUGAGACCUCAUUUGUGCUCUGACUGUGGGAAGGCCUUUAUUACAUCAGGUGCAUUAAAACAACACCAAAGAAAUCACACUGGAGAGAAACCGCAGUGCUCUUCAUGUGAGAAGAGUUUCACCAGUUUAUCUACUCUAAAGAUACAUAAGAAAAACCAUUGCCCGAAGGUGUCUAAGUGAGGAAAGUUUAUGUUCUGAUAAUCGCUUUCAGGUGAAUAGUUUAAUUUUAUCAGGGUUUCUAUGCAAUAUGGUCAAGUAUGAAAUUUGAUUUUAGUGAUUUCUGAGUCUGGACAAGUAUAUAAGGAAACCUGUUUCCCUCUAUUCCUAAAUAAAU